UCUCUUGUGAAUCAGUGAAACUGCAAAUCAGUGAAGAUGCAUAGUAUGCUCCGAAGAACAAUCUCCAAAGGAGGACGCGAUCGCGAUGCAUUCAUCUCUGGAUAUCUCCGCAUCUCGACGGAGCGAUUUGCCAAUUACUCUACGGCACUUCUGGAGACGGAAGACGCGAUUCCUAAGAUGCCUCCAUGCGAUUACUCACCGCCUCCCUACAAUGGUCCAUCCGCGGCUCAAAUCUUAUCGAAACGCCGCCAGUUCCUCAACCCUUCCGUCUUCCAUUUGUAUAAGGAUCCUAUAAAUUUGGUAGAUGGAAAGAUGCAGUACUUGUAUGAUGAGGAUGGACGUCGAUAUCUAGAUGCGUUUGGGGGAAUUGCAACGGUUAGCUGUGGCCAUUGUCAUCCAGAUGUGCUUGAUGCUGUUGUUAGCCAGAUGAAGCGGUUGCAACAUUCUACUGUACUCUAUCUGCAUCCUGCUAUCACCGAUUUUGCUGAGGCUCUGGUAUCAAAGUUACCUGGUGAUCUUAAGGUUGCUUUCUUCACUAAUUCUGGUACAGAGGCUAAUGAACUGGCUCUGAUGAUGGCCCGGCUAUACACAGGCUGCAAUGACAUUGUAUCUAUUAGAAAUGGUUAUCAUGGAAAUGCAGCUGCGACGAUGGGAGCAACUGCACAGUCCAGUUAUAAAUUCAAUGUUGUCCAGACUGGAAUUCACCAUGCCCUAAAUCCAGAUCAGUAUAGAGGUGUCUUUGGAUCUGAUGGACCAAAAUAUGCUAAGGACGUUGAAGAUCUUAUCGCAUAUGGUACUUCUGGUCGGAUUGGAGGGUUUAUUUCUGAAGCCAUUCAGGGAGUGGGAGGCAUAUUAGAGUUGGCACCAGGUUAUUUACCGGCUGUAUACAGCAGCGUGAGAAAGGCAGGAGGUGUCUGCAUAGCCGAUGAGGUGCAGUCGGGGUUUGCUCGCACAGGCAGCCACUUUUGGGGAUUCGAGGCUCAUGGUGUUGUUCCUGACAUUGUGACCAUGGCAAAAGGCAUAGGAAAUGGGCUUCCUCUUGGGGCAGUGGUAACAACUCCAGAAAUUGCAAAGGCUCUGAGCAAUGGGUUUUACUUGAACACAUUUGGUGGAAAUCCUGUGUGCACUGCUGGUGGCUUAGCCGUGCUUAAAGUGAUAGAAAAAGAAAAGCUACAAGAAAAUGCAUUUGAAGUGGGAAAUUAUCUCAAAGACCGUCUCAUUUCCCUCAAAGAAAAGCAUGACAUUAUUGGAGAUGUUAGAGGAAGAGGUUUGCUGCUUGGAGUUGAACUUGUAACUGAUCGUCAAUUGAAAACUCCAGCUAAAGUUGAAACAUUGCAUAUCAUGGAACAGAUGAAAGAAAUGGGAGUGCUGAUUGGGAAAGGAGGUUUCCAUGGAAAUGUGUUCAGGAUUACUCCUCCCCUCUGCUUCACCAAACAAGAUGCAGAUUUUCUGGUCGACAUAAUGGACUACAACAUGUCGAAGAUGUGAAUGGUCGUAAGAAAGAAAGGAGAUGAUGAGCCACCAUCUCGAUGUCUCUCAAUUUCCUGUCUGUCUUAAUAAUGAAUUGUAUUAGUUUAUCUUGAAAUUUAAGAACCCAACCGUGUAUAAUAUUAAAUAAAAAAAAUGAUUGUUGGUGAAUACUAUUUAUUAAUUGUUAUCCAAUUCACAUAAGGGUUUCUCCUUUACUUGUUCA